UGCUCAGCCCGGAGAGGAGCAGGCUUGAGAAGUUCCGUUUAGACAGUGGAUCUUCAGCGUCUAAAGGAGUGAAAAAGCCAACUCCAGGGGAAGGGGGACCGGGAGCAACAGCGUCCCCUCUCCUCCCGCCAGCACCCGAGGAUGCUGGUCCCUGUGCGCUCCCCCGGGGGUGCAUUCCCCAGCGCCGUUUGAGGCCGCUCGGCUCUAUAAAUGCCAUUUGCAUCGGGAUAGGAUGUAACAAGAGCUGUAAAUCACUGACGGCGAAGUGAGCUCCUCCAGGGGCAGACACGGCGGAGCCGAGCCUCUGCGAGCUGUGGCAAUGUGUGAACGGUAUCUUUUGUUGGGGGGGAGGACUGAUGGCAAUUAGAUGAUACUUAUCUGGCCCUUUGAUGUGUAUUUACACAAACAACGUUUUCCUCCGGGACUUGCGGUAUAAAGGAGGAGCCGUGCUCCCCGACACCCUCCUUCCCGGCAUCUCCGAAACAAGGCAGGAUGACCAAGGCCCCUUUCUCAGUGGAGUGGUUGUCCCAGAGCAGUCAGGCCCUCAAGAGCCCCACCGAGGGCUCCCCGCACCGAGCAUCCUCCGCGGGCCACCGGCCCGGCUCCGGCUCCAGCCCCGGCUUGAGCGAGCGGAGCAAGGAGCAGUCCGCCGGCCCGCGGGCCGGGAGAGGCGGCAGGAGCAGGGAGCGCUUGGCGGCCCCCGCCGCUGCAGGAGCAGGCGGGCGGCCGGGGGGCGCGGGGCAGCCCCCGCCGGAGGGGGGUCCCGAGUGCUCGGGCCCCGAGGAGCCCGGCGGCAGGAGCAGCCGGCGGCUGCGCACGGCCUUCAGCGCGGAGCAGCUCAGCACCCUGGAGAGCUCCUUCCAGCGGCAGCAGUACCUGGGGGCGGCCGAGCGCCGCAAGCUGGCCGGCAGGAUGCGGCUCUCGGAGGUGCAGAUCAAGACCUGGUUUCAGAACCGCCGGAUGAAGCUCAAGCGGCAGCUGCAGGAGCUGAGAACGGAGCCUUUCUGCAGCCCCCCCCUCCCCUACGGACCUCAGAGCGGCGGCGUGCCCUUGCCGCUCACGUACGUGGCCCCGGCACCACCUCUGCCCCGGCAAGGGGCUGUCUCUGGGGGCUUCACCUUGGCGGCGAUGCCGGCACCUGCCCUGGACCUCAGCAGCGCCUGCAGAGCACAGCCUGUGGGCUUUUGGGCGGCACCCUGCUUUGUAGGGUACAGGGAUCCCAGAGCUUUCUUGCUGGGUGUCUGACCCUCUGAUACGGACUGUGACUAAGGAGGAUUUGCACUACUGAUGCUAUCUGGGCUGCCCUUGCCUGUAACUGCCUGGUGGAGUUACGAUGCAGCACUGAGCAAAACGUUUUACAGGGACGUACUGGACAAUCUGAAUCGUGGACUUUAGGCCCCUGAAUUUAUAGGCAACUGUGUAAAAUGGAAACACAGUGGGACAAACACUAAUAUAAAUGGAAUCGUUUAAUAAACCGAAACUUUUUCCAGCUUUCAUGUGAAUUCCUUCCACAAGGAUUGUAGAGCUAUUUAUCCUGCCCUAAAAGAGAGCUCCUCUUCAUUAUAGGAAGCAUAGACUCCUUAUUCUCUAGAUCUGUUCUGGCUUCCUGCAAUGUACUGAGGGUGAGUGCAAAAAAGCAUUAAUUUCCCCCACCCUCUAAAGCGGGUAUCCAACCCCUUCAGCUACGUCCUAGGUGGCACUUUCUCUGAUGGGACUGUGCUUUUAACCAAAUAUGUGGAUGCACCUGUUACUAACACUUAAUACUGGGCUUGUUAUUAUAGUGGAACAGAUGUUUUCUGUUGGAGCCCUUUAAAUAACAUAUAGAAUAUGAUUUUAAGAUGUAAAAAGUUACUUUCUAAAUAUAUCAUGCUCUCAUGUGCAGCCUCAGUAGAUCAGUAGGGCCUCUUGCCUAAACAGAUCUUGGAAAGCAUGUAGCCUUGAAAUUUCUUAUCAACAGAACAGUAUCUCGGCAUCUCACAUGCACCUAAUGGGGUGUGACGUGAGGGUGAUGACCAAAAGAAAUGUAACAUUCCAAAGCUGGUUUUCCCUAAGUGGCAGUAAAGUAUGUUACCAUUGUGCUAUGCACUUUUUUUCAUUUGAAUAAUGCUCUAGAAAACUUAAGAUCAAAAUGUCCUGAUUCCAGGCUAGAGAAAGGGCUCCGAGAAACGAUCCUUGACUGAUGUAAGUUGCCAUAAAUCUUUCAAAGUCAAUUGUCAACUAACAUGAAAAGAGCAAUAAAAAUUUCCAUCACUUUAAA